CUCCAGCAGGGGCGCUGCACCUGUGACCCUCGCUCCAGUACAGUAAACACACCGAUGCUCCGGUAGCAUUGUUAGUUGUUCGCUAACCCGCUGGAUUAACGUCCCUGUUGGACUUUAUAACAACUAAACUAACUGCAAGAGGAUGGACAGCUGCUGACACCCCCCCCCCCCCCCCUCUGUAUAUACAGGAACGUUCAGCUUCACUAUGUCAGCUGUCAGUGAACUCAACACCGACACCAGUGACGACAACAAACUGGUCAGACCAAAAGCCGAGUUCCGCUCUCUGCUGCAACACGCAGGAGCCACGAAAGAUGUUUUCACCAUGAAGGAGGUGAUGUUCUACCUGGGUCAGUACAUCAUCCAGAACCAGCUGUACGACCAGAAGCAGCAGCACAUCGUCCACUGCUCCCAUGAUGCACUGGGGCGAGUGCUGGGAGUCGACAGCUUCUCCGUGAAAGAGCCACGAGUUCUGUUUGCAAUGAUCACCAAGAACCUGUUGGCUGUGAAGAGCCAAGAUUCGCCCGCGAGUGAGAACGAACCAAACGGCAACAGUCCGACAGACAGAGGGACAGAGGAGGCAGAAUCAGAAAGCCGCUCUUCAUCACCAGACAGGAAGAAGAGGAAAAGAAGGAAGAGGAGGAGAAGGAGGAGCGGCAGGAGUAAUGAACCAGGCCCCUCCCACAGUGCAGAGGAUGAUGAAGAUGUGGACGAGUCAGAGGGGGAGGAGGAAGAAGAGGGGGCGAAGAGGAGGAGGUCGGACAGCUUCUCCCUCACCUUCGAUGACAGCUUGUCCUGGUGUGUGAUUGGUGGACUGGGAGGCAGGCGGGACAGACACAGCAGCCAAUCAUCAGAAUCACACAGCACAUCUGGGAGGUCAGAGGUCACCGUGCCAGCCUCAGACUCAGAAAGCGACAACUUCAGCGUGGAGUUCGAGGUCGAGUCGGCAGAUUCAGACGACUACAACGAAGACGACGCUUCUCUGUCGGCCGACGACCAGGUGUACGAGGUCACCAUCUUUGAGAAAGAAGAAGAAGACUCCUUCGAUGAAGACACAGAAAUCACUGAAGCUGAUUACUGGCGCUGUGUGAAGUGCGACGAGUUGAACCCCCCCCUCCCUAGAUACUGCCACCGCUGUUGGACGAUGCGACACGAUUGGCUGCCUGAUGAGUCCCUCAACGCUGCUAACUCCUCCCCCUCCAGUCCGAAAGCUCUGCCCAAAAAACCAACCGACCAAUCAGGAGCCAAAGAACCUUCAGGUUCUGAUGUCGAGGAAAACGAAGGAGUCGAUGUUCCCGACGGGAAACGGGCGAAAACUCCUCUUCUGUCGCAGUGUCUCUCCGACUGCACCUCCUCUGCUCCCGAGUCCCAGGAACUCAUCUCCCCCUCCCAGCCCUCCUCCUCCUACUCCUCCUCCCUGGACUCCCAGGAGCUUCUUCAGUCGUCCCUCACCUCCUCACCUGCACCUCCUCCUGGUCCCGCGGUCCCGGAGCUGGAGCGCAGCGUGUCGGAGGAGUGGCGUUUGCCCGAGUCGUGUCUCGACCCGUGUCUCAUCUGUCAGUCCCGGCCCAAGAACGGCUGCAUCGUCCACGGGCGAACGGGACACCUGAUGUCCUGCUACGUCUGCGCCAGGAAGCUGAAGAAGAGGAACAAGCUGUGUCCCGUCUGCAGGCUGCCCAUCCAGUCGGUGGUCCUCACCUACCUCAGCUGAAGGCCCCCCCCCCCCCCCCCCUCACCAACAACAGCUGAGACUCAGCCUCUUUCCUCGCCCAUCGACUCUACCCUCACCUCCCUCUAUGCUCUAUUCCACCGACCCUGUCCUCACCCUUGGCUGAGACUCCCUCCAUGUCUCACCCCCUCUGUCCUCACCCUCUUCACUUUUAGGCCUUUGACACUACAGGCACUUAAAGACACGUAUGUUCAGGUGUAGCUCUCGUCACAGCAUGAAUCUUAUAACAUGUUCAGUCUUCACUUAGUCAGUUAUUCAUCAACUAUUUGUGAUAAUCGAUAAGUCGUCUUCAUCAUAUAUGACUUUAAACAACAUAUAUGAUCUGACGCUUGGUGAAAUAAAACGAAAACAUCCAGAUCUGACUUCUUGGGCUUUGGUAAAUUAACACCAGAAUAAUUCCCUCUUUAAUUUCCUGAUCUUCUGAAUCUUUAGUUCAGUGCGAUCACAACCUCCACUUCUUCCAUUAAUUCAAUUUAUUUAACCAAAUGUCAGAUUUUCAGUCACAUCAUACAUUUUCUGGUUAGUUUAACACAUUGGAAAAUAAAACACAACCUAGAACGUUAUGGUUUCUUCUAAGUUCAGGUUCCACGUCAUAAAGUUCCUUUGGUAGAAAAGAACAAGUCGACGCAUCACCCGAGGAAACAAAUCAUCUUCACACGUCUGGUUUGGUCUCAAUAACUUUAAAACCUAAAGAAGAAUUUCCAUUCACAGAAUAUUGAAAUGAUUGAUUUCAUUGUUUUUAAUUUUUCUUUCAAAGACAUGAAACGCUUCCUGGACACAGGAAGACGCUCGUCAGACAAACAAGAUUUCACUUAAUUUCACAUUUUGUAUUAUAAGGACACUUAUUGGCAGAUAAUCAAAGAUAAAAAAAAAUUUAAUCUGCAGUAUUUAUUUGGAAAGCGGUAACUAUCGAAAGUUUGUCAUUCAUUCCAUUUUGGAACAAUUGUUUAAACAUUUCCUAGAUAUUUAAAAAAAUCGAAAGUAAGAGGAGGAACUGGUGCAUGUACUGGAAACUAUCUUCAGAAUGUAAUGAAUUAUCAUUAAUUUAUUUAUUGCAGUAGGAGGAUGUACCUACUUUAUACUAACAGAUUUUUAGUGCAUUCGUCACCAAACUCGUCUUUUUAAAAAUACACAAACAACAUGAUUUCCUUCUUUCAUCUGCUUGUGUCCUGAUCCCUCGUUGUCACUUGCCUCAGCUGAUCUCUCGUUGUCACUCGCCUAAACUGAUCUCUCUUUGUCACUCGCCUAAACUGAUCCCUCGUUGUCACUCGCCUCAGCUGAUCCCUCGUUGUCACUCGCCUCAGCUGAUCUCUCGUUGUCACUCGCCUCAGCUGAUCUCUCGUUGUCACUCGCCUAAACUGAUCCCUCGUUGUCGCUCUCCUCAGCUGAUCCCUCGUUGUCACUCGCCUAAACUGAUCCCUCGUUGUCACUCGCCUCAGCUGAUCACUCGUUGUCACUCGCCUCAGCUGAUCCCUCGUUGUCACUCGCCUCAGCUGAUCCCUCGUUGUCACUCGCCUCAGCUGAUCCCUCGUUGUCACUCGCCUCAGCUGAUCCCUCGUUGUCACUCGCCUCAGAUGAUCCCUCGUUGUCACUCGCCUCAGCUGAUCCAUCUGACGCUUUAAACAAACUCUCCCAAAUGAUCCUUCUUACACAGAGUCAGCUCGAUGUCAGGUUCGAUUCCCUGACGAGUGGAACCUGCUCUGUUGCUGCAACUGAUUGUUUCUUCAACAUGUUAUUUUACUGGUCUAUAAUUCCCUGGAAAGAAUUCUGUUGUUUCAUAGAAAAUCAUAUUUAUUUACUGUCCAGUUAUUGUAAAUUUUCCUCCAGAGACAGAAAAUUGGACAAAAAUGUCUCUAGUUUACAGCUGCAUUUAUUUUUCUAUAUAAAUUACAACUGCAUGAUUCUUUCUGGGGAACUUUAUUGUAAAUAAUUAGCAAAUUAUUUUUCAAUAUUAUGCACCAGUGAAAUAAAUGUCAUCUUCUCAUUGUAAGUUUCCUGAAAAGACCUUAAAUAUUUUCCUGAGAGGAAAACUUCAUUUGAAUUCUUCACAGAUUCAAAACUUUAGAAUGUGAAACUUUAUUCUAUUGUUUAUUAUUUUGCUGUCCCGGCUGCGCACUGACUCUUAAAGCCGCUGGUAACCAUCACUGCACCAGUUCAAUCGUUCUUUCCAGGAAACUUGAAACAUGAGGAAAGAUGUGGCUCCAUUAUAAAAAGUGUUGAUAACAUCCUUGAUAUUUAUUUGUGUAUUUAAGAUGCUUGGAAGUUUAUUUUAACGGACACUUUUCUAUGAGCUCUUUAAAUAAUAAGAUGAAUCUAGUGAGAUGUAUAAUUUCUGUGAACUGAAUAAAGUUUAACUGGUCUUUA